AUGGUGGACCGGGGCCCACUGCUCACCUCGGCCAUCAUCUUCUACCUGGCCAUCGGGGCGGCGAUCUUCGAGGUGCUCGAGGAGCCACACUGGAAAGAGGCCAAGAAAAACUACUAUACACAGAAACUGCAUCUGCUCAAGGAGUUCCCGUGCCUGGGCCAGGAGGGCCUGGAUAAGAUCCUGCAGGUAGUAUCUGAUGCUGCAGGACAGGGCGUGGCCAUUACAGGGAAUCAGACCUUCAACAACUGGAAUUGGCCCAAUGCAAUGAUUUUUGCAGCUACAGUCAUCACUACCAUUGGCUAUGGCAAUGUGGCCCCCAAGACCCCUGCUGGGCGCCUCUUCUGUGUCUUCUAUGGUCUCUUCGGGGUGCCGCUCUGCCUGACGUGGAUCAGCGCCCUGGGCAAGUUCUUCGGGGGACGUGCCAAGAGGCUGGGCCAGUUCCUCACCAGGAGAGGCGUGAGCCUGCGGAAGGCGCAGAUCACUUGCACGGCCAUCUUCAUUGUGUGGGGCGUCCUGGUCCACCUGGUGAUCCCGCCCUUCGUGUUCAUGGUGACUGAGGAGUGGGACUACAUCGAGGGCCUCUACUACUCCUUCAUCACCAUCUCCACCAUCGGCUUUGGUGACUUCGUGGCCGGUGUGAACCCCAGCGCCAACUACCAUGCCCUGUACCGCUACUUUGUGGAGCUCUGGAUCUACCUGGGGCUGGCCUGGCUGUCCCUCUUUGUCAACUGGAAGGUGAGCAUGUUUGUGGAGGUCCAUAAGGCCAUCAAGAAACGGCGGCGGCGGAGGAAGGAGUCCUUUGAGAGCUCUCCACACUCCAAAAAGGCCCUACAGAUAGCCGGGAGCACAGCAUCCAAAGACAUCAACAUCUUCAGUUUUCUGUCCAAAAAGGAGGAGACCUACAAUGACCUCAUCAAGCAGAUCGGGAAGAAGGGAAUGAAGACGAACGGGACUGGGGAGAGGGUCCCAACAGUGGGGCUGGGGCCUCAGGGGGGUGGGCUGCCAGCCCUCCCCACCUCCCUGGCCCCCCUGGUGGUUUACUCCAAGAACCGGGUGCCCAGCUUAGAAGAGGUGUCUCAGACGCUAAGGAACAAAGGCCAUGUGUCACGGCCCCUCAGUGAGGAGGUUGGGGCGGGGCCCCCCAAGGAUGGCUCCCUGACCCCUGAAGUGUUCAUUAACCAGUUGGAUCGAAUCAGCGAGGAGGGGGAGCCAUGGGAUGCCCAGGACUACCACCCACUCAUCUUCCAGAAUGUCAACAUCACCUUUACAAAUGAGGAAGCCGGCCUCUCAGAUGAAGAGACGUCCAAGUCCUCGAUAGAGGACAACCUGGCAGGGGAGGAGAGGCCCCAGGAGGGGGCCGAGGCCGAAGUGCCCCUGAACCUGGGCGAGUUCCCCUCGUCUGAUGAGUCCACCUUCACCAGCACCGAGUCUGAACUCUCCGUGCCUUACGAACAGCUUGUGAACGAGUAUAAUAAGUCAGACUGCCCCAGAGGCACGUGA